CAAAACGAAUUAACUGAUUAGAAUUGAAGAUGUUCAUUACAAUUGCAUUCAUCUAUUUAUUGGUAUACACUGUGAGAACAGCAUCCCAACAGAUACGACUAGUUGGAGGAUCUGUACCACACGAAGGAAGAGUUGAAGUGUUCCAUAAUGGUAUAUGGGGCACAGUCUGUGAUGAUGGUUGGGACGAUAUAGAUGCGUCCGUUGUUUGUCGACAACUUGGAUUUAGCCCAACCGGGGCGGUUGCUCUCCCAGAUGCCAGUUUUGGACGAGGUACUGGUCAAAUUUGGUUAGCUGCUGUUAAUUGUCAAGCAUCUAACAUGGCACUAGCUGAAUGUUCUCAUAGUGGUUGGGGAAACGAAGAUUGUGGUCAUGGAGAAGACGCGUCGGUGAUUUGCCAAGUUGUAACUUUGGUAGGAGGAUCCAAUUCUAUGGAAGGACGAGUGAUGGUAUGGCACAACGGCUCAUUUGGAAGAGUUUGUCCUGAUGGUUUUGGACAGAAAGAAGCUCAUGUAGUGUGUCGUCAAUUAGGAUUUAACAACAAUGAAGGCGUUGAUCCUGAUAUUAAUGUUGAUUUUGGUAAAGGGUCAAGUCCCAUUCUGGUGUCGAAUAUUAAUUGUAAAGGAAAUGAGUCAUCUUUAUCCAACUGCAAACAUCCAGAUUUUAGAAUCGGAGAAUGCAGUGGUGCACCUGAUGCCUCGGUCGUUUGUAAAUUUGUUCCGUUGCGACUAGUAAAUGGAUCAGGAUCACACGAAGGAAGAGUUGAGGUGUUUGAUAGAAGAAAAUGGAAAACAGUUUGUGACGUGUGGUGGGACGAUAAAGAAGCAUCUGUUGUUUGUAGACAACUAGGAUAUAGUGGGACAGGAGCAAUAAGUAAAGGCCGCGCCUACUUUGGAGAGGGACGUGGGAAUAUAGUAAUCGGGUUAGGCUGUAAUGGACGUGAAGAGUAUUUAACUGACUGUAAAUAUAGUUCUGUUGGCGGGUGUUCUCAUACUAGAGACGUGUCUGUAAUUUGUAAUGAUGUUACAUUGAUAGGAGGCUCCAAUGCUAUGGAAGGACGAGUGAUGGUAUGGCACAACGGUUCAUUUAAAGGAGUUUGCCGUGAUGGUUUUGGACAAGAAGAAGCUCGUGUAGCGUGCCGUAAUUUAGGAUUUAACAAUGAUGGUGGUGAUCCUGAUAUUAAUGUUGAUUUUGGUAAAGGGUCAGGCCCUGUUCUGGUAUCUAAUAUUAAUUGUAAAGGAAAUGAGUUAUCUCUAAGUGCUUGCAAACAUCCAGCAUUUAGAUUCGGAGAAUGCGGUUGCACACCGGACUUCUCGGUCGUAUGUAAAUUUGUUCCGUUGAGACUAGUAAAUGGAUCAGGACCACAUGAAGGAAGAGUUGAGGUGUUUGAUAAAAGAGAAUGGAAAACAGUUUGUGAUUAUGGAUGGGACGAUAAAGAAGCAUCUGUUGUUUGUAGACAACUAGGAUAUAAUGGGACAGGAGCAAUAAGUAAACGCCGCGCCUACUUUGGAGAGGGACGUGGGAAUAAAGUAACCUGGGUACGAUGUAAUGGACGUGAAGAGUAUUUUACUGACUGU